UUUUUGAAGAGCUAAAUGAAAAUGACUACAGAGAAGAAGAAGGGAGUGUCGAAUUUCUAUGAGUUUCAUAGUUUUCUUGAUCCGGGAUGUCCAAUUAUGCCAAUGGGUCCAUUUCGUGAUAAUAUUCGGUAUUUUCUUCAGGAAUGUGCUGAGGUUGAGGAGUAUACAAUUGAAGGAAUGCCAAUUUGGUGUACGUUUCUGGUGCAUAAGAUUAAAGGUGUGCUGAUUCCUCUUUACACCAUUGAAGAGAAUGUGAAGAGCUCUGUUAGAACUUUCUGUGAUCACUGUCGAUGUGCUGGUUGGAGUCAUCAUCUUGUUUCGAAGAGGAAGUACCAUUUGAUUAUACCAGCUGAUAGUGAAUGGAAAAAUCAUCUUGAUGAUGGUGUUUUUGAUGAUCAAACUCACAUUUUGCAUGGUUUAAUUCAUUCUAAUGGAUUUGGGCAUUUGAUUUCACUUAAUGGAAUUGAAGGUGGAUCGAAAUAUCUCUGUGGCCGUGAAGUAAUGGAUCUCUGGGAUCGUAUUUGCACGAGUUUUCGAGCUCGGAAAAUCACUGUGGAAGAUGUAUCCAGGAAGCAUAUGAUGGAUUUGCGCUUGUUGUAUGGGGUUGCUUACGGGCAUACGUGGUUUGGCCGGUGGGGUUACAAGUUUAGCCAUGGAAGUUUUGGGAUAAUGGAACACCACUAUGAAAAAGCUAUUGAAAUGCUAAGCUCAAUUGAGCUUGAUCAGGUGAUUGAUGAUUUCAGAUACAUCAGUAGAUCCAAUGUUAUGAAGCAGGUGAUUGCUUGUUAUAGAGGUUUGAGCAACACUCCUUUGAUCACGGUCCGUGACCUCUUCAGGUUCAUCCUUGCUGUCAAGUCCUGCAAUUCAGUUAAGGAGAAGCCAAAUGUUGCUGCUCCUGUUGUACGAGCCUGUUCUUCACGAUACUUGAUGAGAAAUGCUGCACCAAACAAGUCUGUGGGGAUGGAAAAAUCAGUGAGGUACAGAAAGUUUUCGAAUGUUGCAGCAUCUCUUGACAGUAGAUGGCCAGUGAGGAGACUUGAGUUCACUGCAGAUGUGAUUGUUGAGGCAUUGAGAGAAAAGAGAGAAGCAAUCAGAUCUGGAAGUUGUGGGAUGAGUAGGCAAGAGGCGCGGGAUGCUGCUCGUCUCCACAUUGGAGAUACAGGAUUGAUUGACUAUGUGCUGAAAUCAAUGAAUAAUGUGAUUAUUGGAGGCUAUGUAGUUCGUCGUGCAGUGAACCGAGCCACGAGGGUGUUGGAGUACACGAUUCAGGAACUUCGGAAUUGUGAUCAGCCUGAACAAGAAAAGCUCCCCGAGCCAUUUCAGGACUCUGCUGUUAUUCCUGCAGCUGAUGCGUACACUGAUGUUUUAUGCUUGUAUAAUAAUCUUCUUCUGAGCUUCGCGGAAUCUGAUGAGUUAAGCCUGGCUGUUAGGAUAGUAUCAGACAGCAAGCAAUUUUUGAAGGAAUGGCCAUUUAGUGAUGAUCCAGAUGACAGCUUAUUGAGGUUCAUUUGUUGCAUUUUGCCAAAUUCUAAUGGUUUGGAAGCUGUAUUUACAAAGGGAUAUCCCCCAGGAGAGGUGGUUGAAGUUCCGCUACACUCAACAAUUGGUGAUCUAAAGAUAGCAGUUGAGUCUGCAAUGAGGGACACUUACUGCAUUAUGGACAAUUUGAUGAUAACAGAUAUUGCAGGGAUGGAGCAACUGGAAGAUUAUGAAGUGCUCUUUGGCAUCGUCCAGUCUGGCUCAGAACUUUGGGUGAGGGGUUUCGGGUUGGAUUUGGACAGUGAGUUGAAAAAUGAAGGAGGGUCUGAUAACUGGACAGUGAACUGUAGGUGUGGUGCUCGGGAUGAUGAUGGUGAAAGGAUGGUUUCAUGUGAUAUAUGUGAGAUAUGGCAGCAUACUCGGUGCUGUGGCAUCGAAGAUUCUGAGGUUGUGCCACCGUUGUUUGUGUGUGAGGCUUGCUGCACUUCACUUGCACCACCCAGAGCACAGAACAGCUUUGAGUUUGGUCAUUAUGGGACUGCUGCAGCACUAGUGCCUUGUGCUUCUCACUUUGGCUUGGACCUGAUAUACUGA